AUGGCCGCCUUCGUGUUCACCGCCCUGGUGUCGGCCGCAGGCAGCCACGGCCUCAGCAUCAGCGCGCGCGACUCGUUCUACCCGCCGGGCCUGAACCACACCACCUUCAUCUCCAACACCUCGCUGGGCACCUUCGGGGGUCUCUACACCGCCCCGCCGACCCCCGACGACGCCUACAACUACUGCUCGAUGCCCCAUCCCCACCCCGACGCCUACCUCCGGCCUCCCCCGGUCGCCAACCACUCCGUCUCCGCGCGUCUCGUCUACCUCGAAUAUUUGCAACGCCAUCAGCGGCGCACGCCCUACAACAUCUUUCCUGGUGGCGAGAACCAACCAUACCACUGCGAUAGCCUCCACGCGCAUGUCUAUGUUGCACCGUCGUCCCAGGGCCCCGCGCCCAUCCCCGUCUACGGCCGGGCCUACUCCGAUCCCUCCAACCCGUUCCUGGCGACCUACGUCAAUGGCUCGUGCCAGUACCCCCAGCUGACCAUCGGCGGCUUCCUGGACGGCUACCAGCACGGGCGCGAUCUGCGCGCCGUGUACGGCGACCUAAUCCCCUCCUCGCCCGACGAGGACGGCGGCAAGAAGAUCUGGCUGCGGUCCAGCAACUCAGCGCUCACGCAAGGCUCCGCCGGGGGGGUGCUGCGUGGCAUCUGGCCCGAUCACCAUGGCCCCCUGCCGCUGCACCAGCAGGCCUCCGGCAUCGACACCGUCGACCAGGGGUUCUCCUGUUCCGCGCAAAGCGAUGUUCUCUCCACCAUCGAGUCAACGCCGCUGUGGAAUGAGCACUUGACCGUGACGAAGUCCCUUCGCAGCCGGCUGGCCACCAUGUUCGAUGCAGACACCUCCAGCUGGACCUCAACGUUCGACCAUUUUGCGGACAACUUCCAGGCUCGACUGUGCAAUGGGUACGAGCUGCCUUGUCGCGUGCAGAACGGGUCGCAGUGCGCCACGCGUGCGCAGGCCGAUGAGGUCUUCCGUGCGGGCGACUGGGAGUGGAACUACUGGUGGCGGAACAAUGCGAAUGCCACGCUCUACAUCCAGCUGGUGGAGGGGCUGUUCAUCGGGGAAAUUGUCCGCCAUCUGGAGGCGGUGCAGCAGGGGGCGUCGGAGCUGGUGUACAGCCACAACUUUGUCCACGAUGGAGACCUGGGGCCGAUCCUUGGGGCGCUGGGGAUUAAAGCAUUGCGGUGGCCGGGGAUGGGAUCUAAUAUCGCAUUUGAGAUCUGGUACAACAGGGAAACGUCCGCCUCCGAACUCUACGCCCGAGUGCUGUACAGCGGACAUGCGAUCGAGACGAUUCACGGAACCCUGGACUGGAUCCCACUCUCCUCGUUGAUCAGCAUUCUCCAACCGUUCAUCCCCGAGGAUAUCAUCUCGAUGUGCCAGUCGAGCUAA